AUGCUAGAGUAUUACAAGAAUAAGUCCAUCUUUGUCACAGGAGCACCGGGGUUCCUAGGUACGGUAAUCAUUUAUCGCUUGAUCAGCUUGUGCGAAGUCCAGCAUGUCUAUGUGCUUUGCCGAGGAGGAAUUGAGCGCUUGCGAUCCAAUUGGAGUCAAGGGUUACCCGAAGAGACAAUGAACGCCCUAUGCGAUCCUUCGCGAACUACAGUAUUCGAUGGCGACAUCCGCUUGCCAGACAUGGGCAUAUCGAAGGACAAGCUUGACAUGGUGCGAACACAGGUGGAUGUUAUCAUCCAUGCGGCAUCUUCAAUUAACCUCGCCACACCUCUUUCUGGUCUGUUCGAUGUAAUUAUCCGGUCCAGUGACAUGAUCGGAAGAUUUGCUCUCUCAUGUCCAAAGCUUGACCGGUUUGUAUAUGUUUCCACUGCAUACGCAAAUGGCCACCUGAGCCCCUCAAGGCACGCAUGCGACAUUGAAGUUAAUGAGAGAGUGUAUGAUCUAGGAAGCUCAGCGAGCGUCAUAGAGGAAUUGGCGGAGGUCGAAAGAUACGGCACUAGCAAGGUUUAUCAGGCGCAUGAGUUCCCUUGGCCAUACGCGUACGCUAAGAACUUGACUGAGCGACUGCUAGUUCGCCGCUUUCAAGAUCAUAGGGCGAUGAACACGUUACUUAUCGUUCGUCCAUCCAUUGUUGGGCCUUCCCAAAGUGUACCAUACCCUGGCUUUUGUCUCCCAUUAUCCGCUCCAAUGCUCAUGUUGGCGGCUGUGAUGACAUUGAGCACAUCGCGGAAUAUGCGUAUUGGAACAAACUUGGCCGACCCUGACUCACAGGCAACCUUAGAUGGAAUCCCUGCUGACGUUGUUGCCGACCGACUUAUCACGCACGUUGCUGCUGGUACAGCUGUCUGCAUCCAUGCUGUGAGCGGUGAGAGGGCAAGAUAUAAAACACGCGAUGUAUGGGAGCAAGCAAUGCAAUUCCGGCUGAUCCCCUGGGAUCUGAAACUGGUGUGGGAUCCAAACGGUUGGCGAUCUCCGAACCAGCAUUUUCUAUGUCGCCGUUAUAACUUACUCGGCGUCUCGUAUGCCUUCUCAGAAAGGCGAACCGUGGAAUUGUCAACCACACCCUCACCUGAAGAACGUAAGGAACUUCAGCUCUUCACCCAAGUUGAAGCUUGGAGACCAGCAAAGAGUCAGUAA